AUGGCUCUAACUAAUUCUAGACCUUUACAAAUUCCAACUAUGGAAAAUGAGAUGCUGCAUAAUAGCACUUCUCCAAUCUUCCAGUUAAGUGCCAUAAAUUUGAAUGCUAACGCAAGAAGUCUUGCUUCUAAUACUAACAUUAUCACUUCGUUUCCAGGUUCGGAGACUGUAGAUCUACUGGAUGUUAAUCCGGCGAUGAACCCAAACGCAAACGGUCACCAAGGAUCUCCUUCAAAAAAAAGGAACAAUAGCAACGGCGACGAUUCAAGUUCUCAUAACGGUAAAUCAUCUGGUAACAACAAGACUAAGAAGGACAGUGUCUCGUCUAAGAAAGAGAAUCCUUUAUUGGAGGUCUCCAAGUUGAUCCCUGUCACAGGUGAGCGUCCAGCUCCCGAGGAUAGAGCACCACCAUUAAAUGACGAUGUACUUUUUGCUGUCUUUGUUAUCUUAUGGGAAAGUGAUGUCGAACAGAAUGGGCUCACUGUGAAACAGUUAUGUGAUAUCCUACUUGCCAAACACCCUGAGAUGUCUGAUUUAUCAACCAAAUUAUCCAACUUGAUCUCAGCCAAAUUAAACGCUUAUGUCAAGAAAAUCGAAAAGGGCGAAAAAACAAUGAAAUAUGCUAUCUCUAGGGAAUGGUCUAACUCUUCCCCAAGAAGAAUGCUUUAUAUCUACAGAGGUAUCUUGGCCCCAGAUUACAAAGAACAUGCUAAGAAGGUUACAAACCAACUAAAACAACAAAUGGCCCAGGAUAAUGAGGCUAAACAAGAAUCUCAAAAUACCGAUCCAUCUUCUUUCUUUGAUGGGAACGCAACAAAUUCUUCUCCAAACGGUCUAACAAUGGAUAAUGUGAUGAAUAAAGGUAACAUCAGCAUGUCUACCAAUACUGGAUUCUCCUUAAGUCCUGGUUUCAACAUUCCAUAUUCUUCGUCUCCUGUGUCUGUAACAUUAAACCAAAAUACACCAAAUAAGUCUACUAUGACGAGUGGUGAUAACAGCAAGAAAAAACAAACGAAACAAAAAUCUAAUGACUUAAUGAACAAACAAACAGAAUCUAAUGACACAAAAAAAAGGAGUAACGAAAAUAUGAAGAACGAAAGUAGUUCUGAUAGUAACAAUGGUGUUGUAAAUAACAAAAAUUUAACAACACCACAGAACAAAAAACAAAAAAUGAACAACAAUCAGAACUCUAAUGAUCCUUCAGGAAAUCCUUCUCGUUCAACAACCAUGACUCCAACUCUACUUGACGGGGCCAAUAACAACAACAGUAAUAACACAACUAUAACUACUGGUAAUACUACCGGCGUUUCUGCAUCUUCAAACAAACAAUCUACUUAUAUUACUGCUGUUGCUGCGGCACCAAGGAUCUCUAAACUACUUCCAAAGUCUGGUAUAAGGUCAACCAUUUCAAAUCAUAUUCCGCAUAACGGUAACAACAGCUUAAUUGCUAUGUUCCACCAAACACCUUGUACUCCGAAGUUGGAUUCUGAAAGUAUACCCGAGGACGGUACAACAGAAGACAAUGCCUGGCUAAAGAUUGUGAGAGAAGGAUUUUUAACUAAAGAUAUCCAAUCUCCAGAGUCAAUCAGCUUGGAGGAGUUGGACAGUAUCAUUUAA